GGAGUCCAGGUCAUCAGAUGUACACGACAGUGAUCCUGGCGAUGCUCGGUAAGAUCGGGGCCGCUGCAGCUUUUGCCGUUAUUUAUGUCUGGUCAGCGGAACUAUACCCCACAGUGGUUCGUAACGUGGCCAUGGGUGCCAGCUCGUCCUGUGCGCGUAUUGGAGGGAUGGUGUCCCCCUAUAUAGCAGACCUCAGUUUGUUGGUUGAUGGUCAUUUUGGACAAGCUCUUCCUUUAGUCGUGUUUGGGAUAGCUUCAAUAAUAGCAGGACUGCUUUCCCUUAUUUUACCGGAAACACUAGGAGCCAAUUUACCAGAAACCAUUCAAGAUGGCAAAGAUUUUCCUAAACCAAAGCGAGCAAAAAAUUACUUGGAAGACAGGUCUUCAAAUGCUCACAGGAAUGAUGGUUUUACUGUUGAUACGACGAAAUUCUAAAUUAAUUAUACUCAUAGAUAUUGAACAUAUUCAACUCCUAAUUCAUAAAGCGAUGUUUUCAUCUAGCCUGCGCUAUC